AUGUCAAGCAAUUCGGAAAUACGCAGCGUUGAACAAAGGGACUCAGAAGAAACAGAUCCAGAAGAGGAAAUAGAAAAUGAUGAUGUAGAUGUAGAGGUUGUUCUUAGUCUUGUUCAACCCUAUGCAGACGCUUCCGCCGAACCAGAUAUGGAAGAAGAGAACGAAGAUGCUGAUGCGGAUGGCCUUACACCAACUGUGUUAGAGGCCAGAUAUGAAAGAACGGUUCCAGUUACUUCCUGGUUUGUAUAGCUAUUUCAAAAUAAUUUGUAUGGCAUUUUUCUUUCCUGGCAAUUUAUAUCUGGGAGAAGCUCGUCUUUUAUGUUCACGUUCUUUCCCCUGCCUUCUCAGGUGCCAAUGUGAGCUAUGCAACGACAUGAAUUUAGUUGGGGCACUGGAGUUUCGUUGUUGUAGAAAGGUGUUCCAUUCAUCGGGGAAGCUUGUCUUCGAUGGAUCCAUCAAACGCAUCAGCUGUAUAACAGCAUGA